CUUGAUAACAAAUAAGCCUAGAAAAGCUUCAAACUUUCUUUUUAGACUAAAUUUUAAGCAAGGUUAGGUGAAAUCCUUCUUUUUACAGUAUCUCUCUGAGAUGGGUUUCUGCAAUUCAGUUUGAUCAGUUGCUUCUCCAAGAUCUUCAAAUGAGAAAACCAUAGACAUAGAGAAACAAUUAAGAAGAACCCUUUCUGGGUUUUAAUUGUUUCUUCUAUCCUUCCUUUCUUCCUUCCCAUUGUGUCUCUCAAAAUGCAGCUUUAUAUAUCGCCGAGUUUGCGGCACGUAACAGUCUUCCCUGGUAAAGGAGUGAGAGAUUUUAUCAAAGUGAAGGUUGGAUCCAGACGGGUUUCGUAUCGGAUGGUCUUCUAUUCUCUUUUGUUCAUCACUUUCUUACUCCGAUUUGCUUUUGUUUUGACGGCGAUGGAUACUAUAGAGGACGAUAACAAUUGCUCCACUAUAGGUUGCGUGGGGAAGAAGAUGUGGAGAAGAAGGCCAGAGUCAAUGAAGGUUCCAGAAGAGAUAUAUAGAAUCUUAGAAGAGAGGGGAGAAGAAUUAGAAGAGAUUCAAGGAAGACUAUCAGAGGUUCCACAGUCACUAGAGGAGUUUAUAGCAGAGAUGAAGAACAGCAAAUCUGAUUUGAAGACCUUUGCUGUGAAGCUUAAGGCUAUGGUGUCUCUACUGGAAGAAAAGACUCGGGCAGCAAAGAUCCAAGAAUACCUAUACCGCCAUGUAGCAUCAAGUAGCAUACCAAAGCAACUCCAUUGCCUUGCCUUAAGGCUAGCUAACGAACACUCCACCAACGUAGCUGCACGUCUCCAGCUCCCAGCCCCAGAGUGCGUACCUUACCUGGUAGACAACUCCUUCUUCCACUUUGUCUUGGCCUCCGACAAUGUCUUGGCAACUGCCAUUGUCGCAAAAUCUCUGGUUCGCAACUCGUUACGCCCGGAGAAGGUUGUGCUUCACAUCAUCACUGAUCGCAAGAUCUAUAAUUCCAUGCACGCCUGGUUCUCCCUCCACCCCUUGACCCCUGCCAUUAUUGAGGUUAAAGGUUUACACCAUUUUGAUUGGUUUACAAAGGGAAAGGUCCCUGUCCUGGAAGCAAUGGAGAAGGAUCAGAGAGUCCGGUCACAGUUCAGAGGAGGAUCGAAUGCAAUUGUUUCAAAUAACACCGAUAAGCCUUAUAUCAUUGCGUCGAAGCUGCAAGCUCUUAAUCCCAAGUAUAAUUCGAUCAUGAAUCACAUACGAAUCCAUUUGCCUGAGCUAUUUCCGAGUCUUGACAAGGUCGUCUUCCUGGAUGAUGAUAUUGUGAUUCAAACUGAUCUCUCACCUCUAUGGGACAUUGAUAUGAGAGGCAAAGUAAAUGGAGCUGUGCAGACAUGCCUUGGUGAUGAUAAGUUCGUCAUGUCCAAGAGAUUGAAGAACUACUUGAACUUCUCACAUCCUUUGAUAUCAGAGAAUUUUGAUCCCAAUGAAUGUGCUUGGGCGUAUGGCAUGAAUAUCUUCAAUCUACAAGCUUGGCGAAAGACAAAUAUCAGUCUCACCUACCAUUACUGGCUUCAAAAGAACUUAAAAUCAGACUUGAGUCUUUGGCAAUUGGGGACAUUACCUCCUGGUCUAAUAGCUUUUCAUGGUCAUGUUCACAUUAUUGAUCCUUUUUGGCACAAGUUGGGGCUUGGAUACCAAGAUAACACAACCGCUGCAGAUGCUGAAAGAGCUGGUGUCAUCCACUUUAAUGGCCGAGCAAAGCCUUGGCUUGAGAUAGCCUUUCCACAGCUCCGCCCUCUUUGGACAAAGUAUAUUGACUUCAAUGAUAAAUUCAUCAAGAAAUGUCAUAUCAGAGCUUCAUAGCUUGUAACAGAUCACAUAUAUGAAUAUAGUUGAGAUGGAAAAGUGGACAGGAGUUGUUGAGAGUUCAUGAGUUCAUGGAGCUUUGACAGUGAUAGGAAGGGGAAGUGAGGGAAAAGAGGGUUGAACAAGAAGUUCUGUAAAUUUUUCUACCCCUGGUUCUCUCAAUACUUUCUAAAAGUAAGAAGCUCUGAAGUUUUUUUAGCAUACUUUCUUUUACAUAAAAGAAAAAAAUAGAGAAAAUUUGUCCUUAAGAUUCAAGAUCUAAUUAAUUUGUCAA